GCAGAUUUUUAGGUAAACCGUAACGACUGUUUAAGAAUUAAAAGUUUAAUUUAAGUCUCCUGAACAUGGGGUUUUUCUAUCGAUAGUCAAAAGCAAUGUUGAAUAGAAAGUCGAUUGACGCUGAGUUGGUGAAUAUUUUUCUAUUCAUUGUUUUGAUUUUAAAUUAAGAGGAUUGCAAACCGCGUUGAGCAAUGAGUACUGGCAUUGUUAAGUAUUUAAAAAGUCCCGUACAUGGGAAUGAACAGAAUAAAUCGACCGGGGCUGCUGAUUCUGGUGAAAAGAAGGAUGAGGAAUUGGUUGCUGUGAAAGAGGCUUGCAGCAAUGCUAGUAGUGUGGAACCGACUGCUGCUGCUGCGGCUGGUUCUGUUCAGCGAUCAAAAAGUGAGGAGGACCGAAUCAUUGCCGAGAAUAUGGCUUCCGUGCUGAAGUCGUUGAAGAAAAAGCGAAACCAUAAAUGUAGCAGACGAAGGCGAAACGAGGAACAUAGGGACAAAGAAAGGCAUCGCGGUACUGAAGAAAGUGACUUGGUAGAGGUGGUGCAAGUUGUGGAAACAGUUCCAGAUACGGUGAGGCGAUCCCCAAGAAAGGCUAGUAAGGAUAUGAAGGAAAUAGGGAAAGCAAAGUCCGUCGAGGAAGAAUCACCCAUUGUAUCGAAGGACAACACUGCAAAGAAGGUCAAUGCCUUCCAGCUAAUGAUGAGUUCGAGAAACAAAGCGAUUGGUUCUAAUUCGCCAGGGAAAGAAGACGUUGGACUUGACGAAGAUCCUGAGGACCAGGUGAAGCGUGGUAACAAAAUAAAGCGCAAGCUAAAAUUGGAAGAAUGGGCCGAACGGAAAGGAGCAGGAAAACGGAAGCUACAGGAAACAGCUGAGGAAGAAUUUAUUUCCCAUGAGUUGAAUCGUCGAGCGAAGCGAAUGAAGCGGCUCAUAAGAAAUAUGGAAACUAAUGACGGGGAUAAUGAUACCGUUGAAACGCCUAAGAAAAGGGUAAGUCGAACUAAACCGAUGCCGCUAAAGCAGGAAAAACCUUCGAGUAGCUUAAAGUUGAAAGCUCGCCAAGGCAGACAACGGUUGUCUUCGGACGAUUCCACCCAAUCGACGUCCAAUGGAGUGGUGGAUGUUGUGACGAUUAGAGAGACAUCUCCAACCGCCCAAAAGUCCAAAGAAGACAACUUUGUUGAUAAGUUGAGCUCUCCGCUGAAAAAGAAGGACAGUUUGCUGGGUUACUUCAACAAGGUGACUUCGCCUGGCAGCAUAUCAGAAGAGAAGUCGCCGGCCGGUAGUCGCCCCCGUGGUAGACCAAGAACGAUAGCAUCCGUGCCAAAGGCAAAUUCUCCCGUGAAAGGUGACAUUGAUGAACAGCAAACGCCCGGUGAAGAUGCAGAAGCGGGCAAUUCUGGUCGCCCUCGACGGUCCUGUGCCAGUAAAGUUAAGGAUUAUGCCAUUUUCGCUGGCACCAGUCCGGAAAAGGAAAUCAUCGGCAGACGAACAAGCAGCCGAAAGUCGAUCGUAACACCGCUUAAAACGACUAAAGUAGUCGAUUGCGAAUCGCCCGCAGCGACAAAAUCAACUAAAAAUGUAAAGCUAGCUCCACUUUUUGUCAAAAAACCAGUCGAAGAUCCAGAGAAAGUUCGCGCUAGACAAGAGUUUUUGAUGUCUGGAAUUCCGGAAAAAAUGCGCAUAGAAAUCGAGAAGCAACGGACGUUUGAGGAAUCGGUUUUGAACGAAUCACCUGUGUUUCCGCUGAUAAGUCACAUACAGCAGCUGAUAUCACCGAAGAAAAAUGUUCUUGCGUCGCUUAAAAGCAGUAGGAUUAAGGUUCUCGCGGAAUCGCCAGAAAAGGAAGCCGAUCGUAACCGCAAACGGGAGGAAGAGUACGAGUACAGUGCGUUGACCAAUUGUGAUGAUACUGUCGUCGAGGAUAUUCUUGCCAAGCUGAUUGAUGGGGGAAAUACGGAUGCAAUGUUCAGCUUUGAACUGCCCGAUGUGGCCAACGUCAAGAGCAUCGUCCGUGAGUGGAAGCAAACCUAUCGUCAUUUUCCAGUGUUUAAAUGUUAUAAACAAUUCCGAAGCAUGUAUGAGGAACAUGUCGAUGUUGGUUCCCCUCCGGGGAAACAUUCUCAUAAACAUGUGGACGAAGAUAGCAUUGAGUUUGUUGAACAGAAAUUUUCCUCUCUGAAUGGAGAGAUUUUAUUCACAGAAAAGUAUAAACCAACAUGUUUCGAACACAUUCUGGUAAAUUGUCAACCUGCGGUUGCACUGAAGAAGUUUCUUUCUGCUUGGAAAGAAAAUCGUUCUUCAAACCAGUACGAUUCGGAAGACGACUUUGAAGGUUCAAAUUCUAGCGCAUCAUCCAACUCGACAGCAAUUUGUAACCAUGUGGUUCUAAUUGGUCCCACGGGUAGUGGGAAAACAUGCAACGUUUAUGCUGUGGCAAAUGAAAUGAAUUUUAACGUUCUGGAACUGAAUGCCAGCAGUCGCCGGAAAGGGAAGAUAAUCCUCCAGGAGCUGCAGGAAGCCACCCAAAGCCAUCAAGUGCGUAGGAAAGACGAGCAAGUUGACAUUUUUAAGAAAGCUCUUGCAGGCAAAAAUAGAAAAUCAAAGUUACGCAAAUUGUCCACUGAUUCCGAUGGUGGAGGAUCCACUUCGAAAAAGCUGUCGCUAAUAUUGAUCGAAGACGCUGACAUCGUCUUUGAGCAGGACGAAGGCUUUGUCGCAGCGAUAAAUCAACUGAUAUCCACCUCCAAGCGGCCCAUCGUGCUAACUACUACGGAUCAGAAUUGUCCACAUCUGUCACGUUACAUCAGCAACAACGUAAUUCGUUACGUUGCACCCGGAAUCGGUCACGUAGCAAAGCUGCUUUCCAUCCUAGCUCUGGUUGAAAAGGUUCACAUUGAUCAGAACGACCUGGCUCGGCUGUAUGCUCUAAAUCGAAAGGACCUUCGAAAAACAGUGAACGAAUUGCAGUUCUUUAUUCAAACGGGAGGUGAUCGAGAUCGGGUGGAACAAUUUCCCGUCGAAACACCGCUGGAAUUACGGGAAGAAAAUGGUUUUCCAUCUAGCUUAGCAAUUGAUGACGAAGCGUCGAGGCAAUCGAACGCUUCGUCCACCCAAUCGGAAGUAGCCGGUGCUUCUGCUCGAAAACACAAAUCCCUGUUUCGACUGUUCAAUCGCGACCAAAAUGAUUCCGAUCAGCUGAUUCGGCUGCCGUUGGACUUCGAUAAUCUUUGGUGCAAUAUGGAGCGUGUAUUACAGACGGUGCCUGCUUGUAUUUCCACGGGGGCCAAAAAGAAACGUAAAAAGAAAAGCGAUACCGGUGUACAACCGGCCCUUAAUGAGUUAGAUGAAUUAGUAUUUUUCUAUCAAAAUAUAUCUUCGGCGGCCCGAAUACAGCGAAAUUCCAAGCGCGUUGACGAUCGGCUAGUAGACUGUUUGGAGGAAGAAAUCGCACACGAUUUGGUGGAGCAUUCCUGGGAACGGUGGUUUGAAGAGGAACAGGAGCAGGUGCCCGACAGGCGACGAAGCGGAGUGGGAGCAAUGUGCUACGAUAGUCUGAAACAGUUCGAUGCCGAUGAAUGCCAACUGAUCUCUCCCUAUAUUGGAAUCAACUCGAUUCGCACCCGAGCGACGUACUGCGAUUACGAACCGUAUCUACGCACCAUUUGCCGCUACGAACGGGAACGAUCGAAGCUGGAACGGCGCGGCAGUAGGUUCUAUCACUAUUUUCGCAAUUUUAUGUACACCAGCGCGGCGAACCCGGCGCCGAUUGUCGGCAGCUACGGUACGGUCACUAAUUUCAGCGUUGACCACUUUGACGCUAUCAGCACUCGCUUCGAGGAGGAUCCACAACACAACACGACGAAUGAUGGAAAAGCCAAGCAGACGAUGGAAUCGUCCGAUGAAAGCCGCUAGACAAGUGUUUAGAACGUAAGACUCAAAAAGAUUGAACUUUAUUUCAAUAGAUAUCUUUUUCGUGGUACGUGUUCUUGCUGUUAAAAAUUAAAAUUAGUAGCCUAGGAUCUAGUUAUUUAUUUCACAUUCGUUCGGCGCAAAAGUAUAUCCUCGUAGCACUUCACUUUGAUGUCACUAAAUAGCGAUUAAUAAACACGAUUAAUC